UUAAUAUGCUUUAAACAAUUGGUAACCGUUGGAUUCGAUUUUUGUUUCAUUUGCUGCCAUAAUCAAGCCAUCAGUCUAAAAAUUGGAACUUGCUGCCAUAAUCAAUUUGAUAUCAUAAACCCUAAAAAAGCGUUUUUUUUUUCCUUCUUCCCCCUAAAUUUGAAUCUUUGAAAGAUGAAUGAGUCUUUUGUUUGGAGAAACAUUUAUUCAACCUCUAUGCCUUUGAAUUUCAUCUGCUUGGAUUGAGUCAGAUUGAUUAUAGUCGAAUAGCUUCAAAGAUUGUGGCUUUUGUUUGUUGGUUUUGUAUUGGCUUCUCUGUUGGGUUCGGUAAUCUCAUUGGCUUGUCAUGUAUUCUCUGAUACUCCACGGAAGAAGGUCAGUAGAGUUGCAUAAAUGGCGUAACUUGAGAGUUUCAUUGCAAAAAGCAUCUUCUUUUUUCAAUUCGUUCUCCUCUGCUUCUGCUUUACAUUUGAGUCCUAGAGUUGGUGGGAAAGGAAAGAACUUUACAGUCUCUUACCUCGUUAAGUCAUUGGGGUUAACUACAAAUAUAGCUGAAUCGAUUUCAAAGAAAGUUAGCUUCGAGGAAAAGGGCAAUUCUGAUUCUGUUCUGAGUCUUUUGAGAAAGCAUGGGUUCACAGAUUCUCAGAUCUCUACCAUCAUUACGGAGUAUCCAAAAUUGCUUUUAGCUGAUGCUGAGAAAUCACUUGGUCCCAAGCUUCAGUUUUUGCAGUCCAGAGGAGCUUCAAGCUCUGAGCUCACUCAGAUUGUUUCGUCAGUUCCUGAAAUCUUGGGAAAGAGAGGGCACAAAACUAUUAGUGUAUACUAUGAUUUCGUCAAGGAAACUUUACUAGAUAAGAGUUCUAAGUAUGAAAAGUUAUGUCAUUCUUUUCCACAGGGUAAUCUGGAGAAUAAAAUCAGAAAUGUUUCGGUUCUGAGAGAGUUAGGUGUGCCUCAUAGGUCUUUAUUCUCCUUGCUCCUCUCGGAUCGCCAACCUGUAUGUGGAAAAGAAAAAUUUGAAGAAACACUCAAGAAAGUUGUUGAGAUGGGUUUUGAUCCAACCACCGGAAAGUUUGUGGAAGCUCUACAAGUUAUUUACGGGAUGAGCGAGAAAACAAUCGAAGAAAAAGUCAAUCUCUAUAAAAGGUUAGGCUUUGAUGUGGGAGAUGUAUGGGCAAGUUUUAAGAAGUGUCCAGUCGCUCUGAGAGUGACGGAGAAGAAGAUGUCGGACUCCAUAAAAACAUUUCUUGGCUUAGGAUUCAGCAGAGAUGAGUUUGCGAUGAUGGUUAAGAACUUUCCUCCGUGCAUUGGGUUAUCUGCAGAGAUGGUGAAGAGGAAGGCUGACUUUCUUGUGAAGAAGAUGAAUUGGACACUAAAGGCUCUGGUCUCAAACCCUUCAGUACUUGGAUACAGCCUAGAGAAGAGGAUUGUGCCAAGAUGUAAUGUAAUCAAAGUUCUUAUAUCCAAAGGACUGAUUGGAAGUAAAGUCCCUCCAAUGUCGUCCGUCUUGGCAUAUACCAAUCAGGAGUUCUUAAGACGGUAUGUGAAGAAGCACGAGGAUAAGCAGCUGGUUGAUCAGUUGAUGGCUAUCUAUCUUGCUUCAUAGAUCAUAAGGCACUGAAUCCUUUCCCUCUUUAUGCUUUUUCGAUAUAUUUCUGAGGUUUGUAGCCUAGAUGUGUAGGACAGAUUAGAAGAUUCUUGUGGGUUGAAGUUUAAUUAGUAACUAAAAAACACUAAAAACGUUCCUUUUUCAAUUCUGUUGGUGAGAAUUUUGGUUCCUCUGUAAAAAUGUGUUCUCUUCCAUCAGAACCCUGCUUCCCCAUUUUGAUCACUGAGAUUUGGAUCAUCAAGUGUUUGAUUCAGUA